UUCAUUGACACUCGGCAGCUUUGACAAUGUAACCUAUUUGUAAACAUGUGUUGAUGAAUUUUUUCGCCCAAUUAGACUAAUACAAGACAUAAAAAAUGGGAAAGCUGAACGUAGCAAUUAUGAGGUACCUCACCAGCGAGGAUUUUCGUGUCCUGACAGCGAUUGAAAUGGGCAUGAAAAACCACGAACUAGUUCCAGGGCCUCUAGCAGCAUCCAUUGCCAGUUUACAGCAUGGAGGUGUCCAUAAAUUACUCCGUGAUUUGUGCAAGCACGGUUUACUGAGUUAUGAAAGAGGAAAAAAAUAUGAUGGAUAUCGCCUAACCAAUAUGGGUUAUGACUAUUUAGCUCUACAUUCUUUAACAAGACGAGAAGUUAUUGGAUCUUUUGGUAAUCAAAUUGGCGUUGGAAAAGAAAGUAACAUUUACAUUGUUGCUAGUUCUGAGGGGGAAGAAUUGUGUUUGAAACUACAUAGAUUGGGCCGUGUCUGCUUCCGCAAUGUUACAAAUAAGAGAGAUUAUCACAAACACAGGAAAUCAGCUUCUUGGUUGUAUUUGUCACGAAUAUCAGCCACUAAAGAAUUUGCAUACAUGAAAGCGUUGUAUGACCGAAAAUUUCCAGUACCUAAACCUUUAGAUUUUAAUAGGCAUUGUGUCAUUAUGGAAUUAGUGAAAGGAAAACCUUUGUGUCACGUCAUGGACUUGGACGACGUUGAGGCUCUUUAUGAUGAAUUAAUGAACUUAAUUGUACGAUUUGCAGACAGUGGCGUUAUUCAUGGCGAUUUUAACGAAUUCAAUAUAAUGAUUAAAGAUGAUGAGAAACCAGUUAUCAUAGAUUUUCCCCAGAUGGUGUCAACAGCUCAUGAAAAUGCUGAAAUGUUCUUCAAUAGAGAUGUUAACUGUAUUAGGACAUUCUUUAAGAAGCGUUUUGACUAUGAGAGUGAAUUGUACCCCAAAUUUAGUGACAUUGAAAGGACAGAUGCUCUUGAUGCUGAAAUACUUUGUUCAGGAUUUACAAAAGAAAUGGCCAGGGACAUUAAUCUUGAAUUAGGUAUUGAUGUUGAAGUAAAGUCUGACGAAGAACCAGAGGAAAAUAAUCCUGAAGAUACAAAAGAAGAAGUACAAGAUUGUUCGGUAGAUGAAAUUUUUAACAAAAUGAAAAUCAAGAAUGAACAUAGCUUUAAACUAGACUCAGAUCAAGAAUCAAAUGACUCUUUUGAGAGAUUUGAAAGUGGAAGCGUCAGAUCUUCAGCCACAACUAUUCCUCCAGAAGAAAUCAAAAGCAGAGUCAGGAAACAAAUAAUGAGCAAAGAUAAAAAAAUGCAAAGGAAAAAGUGUGUCGCUAAAGGUGAAGCAAGCGCAGUGACGCGAACUAGGAGAGAAAACAAUGACACGAUUAAGCAGAGCAAGGGUUUGUGGGGUUGGGAAGAAUAGUUUAUUUUGUUUAUAAUAAAGUUUUUAACAAUG